AUGUCAUACAGAGGAGGUCAAGGUACAGCGUUCAAUGGAGGUGCUAUGAAUGGUAAUAUGAACAUGCAUGGUCAAUUUGCCAAUACUCAAUAUCAAGCCAAUGUACAUCGUCCAAUGUCCAAUCCCAAUAAUAAUAAUACAGGAUCAUCGUUGUUGCAAAAGACUCAAAAAACAUUGGAUAAUUGGAAUGAUAUGUUAGAAGAAUUAUCUCAUCAUCCAUUUAUCAAUAGGAUUAAACCUUAUAUUCCUGCUAUUGCUAGAUUUUGUAUUGUUGUCACGUUCUAUGAAGAUUCGAUGAGAAUUCUUACUCAAUGGACUGAUCAAGUUUCUUAUUUGAAUCAAUGGAAACAUUAUCCAUAUUUUUUUGUGGUUUUGUUUUUAUUUAGUGUGUCUGUCACUAUGAGUGUUGGUUCAACAUUUUUAAUCUUAAGGAAACAUACUAAAUAUGCUACAAGUGCAUUAUGCUUUGUAGUGAUUCUGCAAGGGUUAGUUUAUGGUCUUUUCAAUUCAUCUUCAUUUAUCUUGAGAAAUUUCAGUGUCAUUGGUGGAUUAUUGAUUGCAUUUAGUGAUUCUAUUGUUCAAAAUAAGAUUACAUUUGGAAUGCUACCUGAAUUAAGUGACAAGAAGGAUCAAAUUAGAGGGUACCUAUUAUUUGCAGGUAGAAUUAUGAUGGUAUUAAUGUUUUUAGGUUUCACAUUUGGUAAAUCAUGGAUAGUCAUUGUUUUCACUAUCAUAUGUACCAUUUGUUUAGCCGUUGGAUUCAAGACAAAAUUAGCAUCUGUAGUGUUAGUUUUAAUCUUAACCUUUUACAAUGUAUUACUAAACAAUUAUUGGUUCCAAGAUGCCUUUCAAAGAGAUUUAUCCAAAUAUGAAUUUUUCCAAAAUUUGAGUAUUAUUGGUGGAUUACUUCUAGUUACCAAUACAGGUGCAGGAGAAUUGUCUGUGGACAGCAAGAAGAAGAUUUAUUAG